CCAUCGUACGAAUUCGACUAUUACUACUACUAUCUGAAACCUUCUUCUUCUUCUUAAUACACCUUUUUAUUUUUCAUACCAGACCUCUCGUUGAAAUUUCAAUUCAAGACACGUCAUUGGUUCUCUUCCUCAUACAAUUCCCCCAUUGACGCCUUACGCAUCCUCACAUCCAACAAUAACUACCUACUAUCUAUCCCCUGAUUACACCUCUUCUACACCUCAACUACCUUCUCAUUACAUCUGCCAACCUCUAUCAAAAAUAUAAUUCAAGAUGAGAUUCCGGAGAAAGCAAUCCCCUUUGCUUCUACUUUUAUUGCCAUCAUUGGCUCUAGCUCUAUCUCCUGCAGCACAAGAUAAUAUAGCUGCCGUUUCGAAGGAUACCGAUGCGCAAACAGGAAAAUUGGACAAGGUUGAUCCAUCAGCAGCCGUGACAACUACCGUCGAUAAUAAACCAUCAUACGGACUUGGUACGAAAGAUGCGCCCGUCGAUGGUAAAGAUGGAAAACCACAUGCUGGGCCAUUUGUAGAUACCACCAAAAAGGAUCCCAAGAAGGACUCUGCAACAAGUGAAAAGGCAGAUGCUAAGGAUUCAAAAGAUGCCAAAGCUGCCAAUUCUAAGCUUAGUGAUGGAGAAUUGGUCCCACCUACAGCCAAAACAACCAAAGAGAAGCCAAUGCUUGAUGCCCAUGGCAAAGAAAUCCCCCAAAGCAACGAUGGAGUUAUGAACGAUCCAGGGAGAGAGGCACCUAAACAUGGCACAACUGGUACUGAGGGAGGUGUGAGUGAGAAAGAUAAGACGCGAAAGGGUCAAGAAAGCCAAACGGGAGAGAAGGUUGAAAAGAAACCUGCAUCACCUAAAGAAGCACCACCGAUACCUCACGAUACCGAACAAAAAAUUCAAGGCGACAUCAAAGAUCCGCAGAAGAAAGAUUCGACGAUUAAAAAGGGUUCCGCUGAUGAUAAGGAGGCUGGCAGCACUGAUAACUUUGGAUUGGAUAAACCUACAGAUCUUCCAGACAAGACACACAAUGAUCCUCAUCCAAUUCCUAAUUCUGCCAACAAGGAUCAUUUGGAUGUUACGAAACCCGAUUCAAAGGGCAUUCCAAAGCUUGAAUUAGAAGGAGAGGGCAAUGAUGGUCUUAUUCAACCUUUACAUUCAUAUCUUCUUUCACUUACAAUGAUUUUAUUCUCUGAAAUCGGAGACAAAACAUUUUUAAUUGCAGCAUUGAUGGCGAUGAAGCACGAUAGACUUCUCGUAUUUUCCGCCGCCUUUUCCGCAUUGAUUGCUAUGACAAUCUUGUCCGCAGUAUUAGGCCAUGCAGUACCUACCUUGAUUCCAAAACGAUUCACCAAUUUCCUCGCUGCAGGAUUAUUCUUGAUUUUCGGAGGACGUUUAUUGAAAGAAGGUUUAGCCAUGAGUCCAGAUGAGGGUGUAACUGAAGAAAUGAAAGAAGUAGAAAUGGAACUCGAAGAAAAAGAACAUCUUGCAAAACAACAAGGAAGAAGACGUUCAUCAGUUUCUCCAUAUGCUUUGGAAAUGGGUCUUGGAGGAGGGCAAAGAGCAAGCACAAGAAAAUCUAGAUCAGGAUCACGUCUUCCUUCUCCACCAAGAAGUCCUUCAACUUCUUCAGAUCGAUCCCCUUCUCCUAAGAGAUCAACAUUCAAAAGUGCAGCAGGAGGCUUGAAUAACCUUCUUUCGUUAUUACUUAGUCCAGCAUGGGUUCAAACUUUUGUAAUGACUUUCCUUGGAGAAUGGGGUGAUAGAAGUCAAAUUGCUACCAUUGCUAUGGCGGCUGGUCAGGAUUAUUGGUGGGUAACUGGAGGAGCAGUGAGUGGACAUGCAGUCUGUACUGGUGUAGCUGUUAUUGGUGGGAGAGCUAUUGCUGGCAAGGUUAGCUUGAGAGUUGUAACAUUAGGAGGCGCAAUUGCCUUUUUGAUCUUCGGAGUUAUCUAUCUCGUCGAGGCUUUGUAUUAUGCUUAGGGUGAAAAACCGGAACCCUUUUUCUUUGAGUACUGGAGGAUAUCAAGAUCCUAUGUAACAAGAUUCAAUUCAUUCGGUUCAAUUUUACCACCUUCACUUCUUAUCUUGGUCUUUCACUUCGGAACCUAAACUACCAAUUAAUACAUUCCUUUUGCAUGCCUCUUUAUGCCAUGAGGAUGAAGCGAUUUUUCCUUUUUUUCUUUUUCGGGGGUUGGUUGGGUUUUGGUCUAGGAAGCGAAUGCACAAAAAAGGAGAAGGAGAUGAAUGGGAGAAAGUUACAUUACAUUACAAUACUACUUCUACUUUGUUACUAAUACAUGAGGGAUGGAUUGAUGGAUGGGUGGGGAUGAAUAGGUAAAAGGAUGACCUGGUUCGUGAUGGUGGGUAUGGAAAAGAGAUACCUAGUCUGCAUUGUUAUUGUACUCUAUUUCUAUCAGCGACGUAAUGGAUGAGAUGAAAUGAGAUGAGAUGAUAUGGAUUCUGGAUGGAUAUGUCUAGAUGAUAGAAUAGAUAUGGUUAUGGAGAGGAAGGGAGAGGAGAGAACAGCGCGGAAAUGAAAGUUUCAAUAAAUGGGAUUUUAUGCGUAGAUGAACUGAAUUGGAUUGAACUGAACUGGAUGAUACUGUAUUGUAUUGUAUUGUACUGCGUAUGUGCGUACUAUGUAGGUAAUCAGAUGAUUGGUUAGAGUGAGGAGGGAAGAGAAGAGAAGAGGAGAGGAGAGGAGAGAUGAUUGGUUAGAGUGAGGAGGGAAGAGAAGAGAAGAGGAGAGGAGAGGAGAGAUGAUUGGUUAGAGUGAGGAGGGAAGAGAAGAGAAGAGGAGAGGAGAGGAGAGAUGAUUGGUUAGAGUGAGGAG